GAGUUACAGGCAUAAGAUACUUCAAGAUGAAACUGUGCGUAUUCCUCGUAUCUGUUAUACUAUUUAUUGAAUGCACUCAUUGUAUUACUGAUGAUCCCGCAACCAUCUCGGAUACUUUUCCAGACUUCACUGAAAACAGUACUUCAGACAGUUACCCCCCAACUACUUCAACUGUAAACGUGACACCGGAUGGAGGUAAACAGAGAGACAUUUAUGAUAUUAUUGAUGUUCUCGUUUCCUUAAUCAACCUGAAAGCUCAAAUGAUCAUGAGUGAAGUUACAGUUUUAGGUAUUAAUCUGAUUAAUUACAAGUACGAUGAGAAAAUGCCAGAGGCAUUAAAAAAUAUAUCAGAUGUGAUUGAUUUGUACGCAAACGGUAAAAUCACCACAGAAGAUAAUCCCAUUCAACUUAAUAAACCUCUCAGUCAAAUGGUAAUAAAUUUCUUAAAUAAUUUAAGUGAAGAUCUACGUAAUUACUAUGAUGUCGAAAGUUCAGAUGAUGUAAAACUAACCCUUGCACUUAAAAAAUUUUAUUAUGCAAGAGUGUUGAAAAUUGCAAUGGUAAUUUCUGAGGUUUUCGGUAUGUAAUAUUUAAUUGGAAAAUAUCAAUAUUAAAUUUUGUUUUUUAAACAGUUAACAUUUAAAAAUGUUUAAAGUUAAAA